AUGGUUAAUUAUUAUAAAUUGCUACGGGAUGAUAAUGCAAUCUCAAUGUUAUUCAAUGUUGGUAAAUUUGAUUUAUCUCAAUCUACCUUUAAUAAUUUUGUUCAAGUGCUAAGUUUAGAUUGUUUUGACAAUCCUACUACCCGUUAUUUAGAUAUUUUAAGAAAGAAUCUUGGUAAUAAUGCUGGUGGUUUGAAAAAUUUUGACGAAAGAACUUUAAUCAAAAUGCUAUCAAAUUAUCUUUUAUUACAUGGAGAUGAUAAAUACGUUGAAGUUGAUUAUUUAAUAAUAUCUGAGUUUUUACAAAACAUAUCAAGUAGUCUUAUUAAUCAAAUUGAGCAAGAAAAUGAGGAUGAAAUAGAGCAUAGGCAUACUUUACAUAUUGAACAAGGCACAUUGACUAAUUUAGAAGCUUUGCAUACUUCUUCAUUCAUACAAGGCUGCAUUUCAUUAUUAAUUAAUGAAAAUUUAGACCAAAGAAAGAUUGCAUUAAUUAUUCUUUCGAAACUUAUUAAUUUGUUCCCCACUUUAAAGAAUAAAGUGUGUAUGUUAAUCUCAAUUACACCAAAUUGUUAUUCAUGGUUUUUUCGAACAAUUAAACAAGAUGCAAUCUUUAAACAUUUUACAACUACCGGUCAAGAUUAUAUAGAAAAAGAACAAUUCACUAAUAAAUCUUUCUGGUCGGUUGUUUAUUUAUUUCAGGAGACUUAUUCAUAUUGGUUGAUUGUAUCAAAUGAUUUGGAAAGUUUUGCAGAUGAUAAAUUAACCAUAAAUCAAGUCGUUGAAUUUCUUGAAUUUUCAAAAACUUUAUGUUUAACUUUAAUAUUUAACAGAACAGACUCAAAAUUAUUAAAAAACAUUAGUAUUUUAUUAUUAAAUCAAUUAUAUUUGAAAAAUUUAAGAUUAAAAUUUUUAGAUCAAGAAUUUUGGUCACCUAAAAAAUUAACAUUUAAUAUAGAUCCAUUAAUUAGAAUCAUUGCAGAAGAAGAAGAAAAAGAUGAUGAUGAAAGUGAAAAUGAAGAAAUAAUAAAUCAUAAAAUAUCAUUUGAUAGUUAUUCAAAAGUUGAAGUAUUAAAAAAAUUACCAUUUUUCAUUGAAUUUAAAGAUAGAGUUCGUAUAUUUCAAGCAUUAAUUGAAUUAGAUAGGUCAGAAAUCUUCAAUGAGAAUAAUUUCUUCUUUAUGGAUGACUUCCAAAAUAAAUUGAUUGGUAAAAUUAGAAGAUUCAAUUUAUUACAAGAUGCAUUUGAAGCAUUUGGAAAAACUGGAAGUAAAUUUAAAAAUAGAUUACAAGUUGAAUUUUAUAAUGAGUAUGGACCAGAGGUUGGAAUUGAUGGAGGUGGAAUUACAAAGGAAUUUUUAACAUCUGUAGUUAAUGAAGGAUUUAAACCUGGUGAUUUAUUUAAAGAAACUUCUGAAAAUCAAUUAUAUCCAGAUGCAAAAAUAUAUGAAAAAUUAUUUUUAAAAAUUGACGCAGAUAAACAACAGGAAAAUUUACAAUAUUUAAGAUUUUUAGGGAUGAUUGUUGGUAAAUGUUUAUAUGAAAAUGUGCUAAUUAAUGUUUCAUUUGCUCCUUUUUUUCUUAAUAAAUGGUGUAAUGAAAAUUUAAAAAAUUCAAUUAAUGAUUUAAAUUAUCUAGAUUCAGAAUUAUUCAAGAAUUUAAUUAAAUUAACUCAAAUGUCAAGUAAAGAAAUUGAUCAAUUAGAUUUAAAUUUUUCAUUAAGUGAAAAAAUUGAUAAACAAAUUUAUAAUUUUGAAUUAAUACCAAAUGGACAUAAUCAACAAGUUACAUCAAUGAAUAUACUCAAUUAUAUUCAUCAAUUAUCAAAUUUUAAACUAAAUCAAUGUUUAAAAAUUCAAUCAAAUUAUUUUUUACAAGGACUUUUCACAAUUAUUUCAAAAAAUUGGUUAAAAAUGUUUGAUGCAAAUGAAUUACAAAUGCUAAUUAGUGGAAACGAAGAAAAUAAUGUAAAUAUAAUGGAUUGGCAAAAUAAUGUAGAAUAUGGAGGAUAUUUAGAAAAUGAUCUAACCGUUCAAUUAUUUUGGAAUUGUGUUGAAGAAAUGUCAAUGGAUGAAAAAUUUAAAUUAAUCAAAUUUGUAACAAGUGUAAAUAGAGCUCCAUUAUUAGGAUUUGGUGCAUUAAAUCCAAAAUUUGGUAUCAGAAAUGGUGGAAGAGACAUUUCAAGAUUACCAACAGCUUCAACAUGUGUUAAUUUAUUAAAAUUACCAGAUUAUCAAAAUAAAGAAAUAUUGAGAGAAAAAUUAUUAUAUGCAAUUAAUACAGAAGCAGGUUUUGAUUUAUCUUGA